AUGAGAUGAUGGACUGAGACUGAGAUCGACUGUCGGAGGUACCAUGAUUGACCAGUUGAUUGUGAUCUACUGAUUGGUGAUCUAUAUGGUUCCACCCUGCCUUCCCAUCUGCCUGAAUUUUUCAAAGGGCUGACACCUUUACACUGGGAACGAAGAAUUAAGGCAUGGGAGUGACUAACCUGUGGCAGAUCCUUGACCCAGUGAAACAGCCCAUCAACCUAAGCAGUCUCAAGGGGAAAACCGUUGCUGUUGAUUUAAGUCUGUGGGUGUGUGAGGCACAGACCGUUAAAAAAAUGAUUGGCGUAGUCACAAAGCCUCAUCUUAGGAACCUAUUUUUUCGAGUGUCUUCCUUAACUAAAAUGGGAAUCAAACUGGUGUUUGUCAUGGAGGGGGAUGCCCCAAAACUGAAAGCAGACACCAUGAGUAAGAGGAAUGAACUGCGCUAUGGACUUCCUAAGAAAUCUGGAGCAGCAAAAACAGGGAGAUCCUAUUUUAAAUCAUUCUUAAAAGAAUGCCUUGAAAUGUUGGAGUGUUUAGGAGUUCCUUGGGUUCAAGCAGCUGGUGAAGCAGAGGCCAUGUGUGCUUACCUGAAUGCAAAUGGAUAUGUUGAUGGCUGCAUCACUAAUGAUGGUGAUGUUUUCUUGUAUGGAGCUCAAACAGUUUAUCGCAACUUUACUAUGAAUGCUAAGGACCCCUAUGUUGACUGUUACACGAUGUCCUCUAUUAAGGAGAAGCUAGGUUAUGACAGGGAGUGUCUUAUUGGACUAGCAGUUCUUCUUGGUUGUGAUUAUCUUCCUAAGGGAGUUCCAGGAGUUGGAAAAGAGCAGGCAUUAAAGUUACUUGAGACUUUACAAGGUCAAAGUUUACUGCAAAGGUUUAAUCAAUGGAAAGAGCAGUUUCAGUAUGAUGAUACUCCAUCUUCAGCUGUUAAAAAGGUGACUCAUUGUUCUGUGUGUCGUCAUCCAGGAUCACAUAAGGAACAUGAGCGCAGUGGAUGUAAACUCUGUGGAAGUGUUAUGUACUGUGAACCCCAUGAUGCUGAGUUCUGCUGCCCCUGUGAAUGGCAUCAUUCAGAGCAAGAGAAGAAGAAAAACAUGGUGGAGGACAAUAUCAAAAAAAAAGCAAGAAGUUGUGAAGGCUUUCCAUUCUAUGAGGUUAUCCAAGAAUUUCUUGUCAACAAGAAUAAAUUGAGUAAGAUAAUGGAGUGCCAAAGGCCAAAUUUAUUAACCUUUCAGAGAUUUGCUUUCGAAAAGAUGGAAUGGACCAGACAUUAUGCUUGUAAGAAACUGUUAGCACUGUUGACACACUAUGAUAUGGUCAAAAGAAAGUCUAGACAAACAGAUUCAAAUCAGCUGCAAGCAAUACGGAUAGCCAGAACCCGUAUUAAAAAUGGGAUUCCUUGUUUUGAAAUUGAAUGGCAAAAACCAGAGCAUUAUGUUACUGCAGAUGAUCAGGCCAUGGAGUCCUUUGUGGUUACAGUAGAGGAAGAAUCUUUGUUUCAGGCUGCCUAUUCUGAUGUUGUUGCUCAUUAUAAAAUGGAAAAAUUAGAAGUCCUGGAAAAGAAACAGAAAAGUAAGAAACAUAAACUAAAGGAAAAAGGACCCUCAACUGUGGAAAUUACUGAUCUUGUGUCUCAGAUGAAUUUGCAAUCUUCUAAACAGGAUUUCAAGUUGGAUAGUAAAAUUCUUUCUGAUAGUUAUUUACAACAGAAAAAUACCUCUAGAUCUGAAGACCUCUUGUUAGCUACAAAGCCUUCCAUUACAAACGUUAAAAUACCAAAGCCAGCAUCUAUCCUUUCUCCAGCUUCUACAUCCAGUUGUCUACAUCAGAGUAUUUUAGAUGAUUCUGUUAUAUUAUUGUCACCAUCAUCUUGUGCUUCCUCUGUGAUAGCUGAUCUACAAUUAAGUGGCAUUGAUUGGGAAGGAACAUCUUUCAGCACUUCACCAGUCCAUGUUGACGGUACCUGCUCAAUGACUGAGAUUGGUGCAUCUAAUAAUGGCAUAAGCCACUUACAUUCAUUACAGAAUAAAAUAGUUGAAAACACCUCAAAAUAUUCUAGUUCUCUACAGCCUCACCAAGAUCCUUGCAGAAGCACAGAUUGUUUGGUUUCAAAUUGUACUGAUCUGGUAAGACAUCUUCAACCACUGCCUGUAAGAGAGCGAGUACUUCUGAAGACUUCUGUUCAAUCAGACACUUUACUUUCUCAGAACAUAGUACAAUUUAAACCUUUGCAACAAAUGAAAGAGACCUUGUUUUCUGAGAAUGAUUCCGGUUCUCCUUCAGAUCAGUUAAACAAUACAUCCCUGGAAACUCAAAAUGUGUUUUCAGAAAAACAGCUCAGGGGAUCCCUAUCACAAAAUUAUCAGGAAUGGUACAAAACUCCUGAAAAUUUAGUGCAAAAAUAUCCCAAUCUAAGCAGUUUAAAGUCUAUGGAUAUGAAAAGCUAUGAAAACAAAACUUCAUGCUUUGAUAGCAAACCACAGAAAUUCUCUUUUACACAAACAAAGCCCACAGAUGACUCUCAGGUUAGCAAGCUUUGUACACAAGCAUCUCAGAAAGCUGUUAAAAAGAGUGUAUGCCAGGUGGAACCCUCUUUGAGUGAGGACAGUGAUGAUGGGAACACGAAAGUUAAAAAACAAAUAUCUAAGCAAGGAAGAAGACAAUGGAAGCCAGUUAAUCUGAAGGAAAAUGCAAGGCAUAAGCAAGGGAGUGCUGCUGCCAGCAGUGAGAAGAGUAACAGUGUCUCACAUCUUUCAACUGAAUGGUUAAAAGAAGAAACCAAUUUAAAAAUAUCUGACAAUAACUUAUCAACAGAAAUGUCUCCAAAAUCUGAGCUUGUAACUGAAGAUAACAGUUUCCAGUUUCCACUACAAACUUUUACAAGGUUAGGCUCCUCUCCUCUGCAGCAAAGCAAAAUCAGUAACUGUGAUGUGUGGGUAGACAGUCCCCUUCCUCUGUCUGAAAGGCUCAAACUUAGGUUCAAAAACAAUUAGAACAUCAUAAAUUAGGCAAAUUACACUUUAUGCAAAAUUUUUGUCUUAAAUACCUUUCCACAGUUUCUAUAAUAUUGUUCUACACAAAUUCACAAGACAGUGUAUUGCUAAGCUGACAUAGUUACAACUAAUAGCAUAUUCUGAACACUUGGCACCAGAGUUUGGAAUGAAAACACUAGCAAAAAUAUGCAACCCCUGGCAUACAAUUGACACACACUAGAGUCCCAUUUAUGACUAUACUGUUUUCCUUCCAUAAACACUAUAGCCAUGAUCUUCAACAUUUACUAUUAUAUUUGCAAGACAGUAUAAAGGGAUUUUUAAUAUAAUUUGUAGCAGGAUUCUUGGUGCUCCUGCUACUUUAAGAGAAGGCAGGCAGCAUGAGAAGCAGCCUGUAGGUGUAUCAGGGGCCAAUUAGACAGUCAUCUGAUCAGAAGGGGGCUGAACAUGAAGCAUAUAAGCCCAGGGUCUAAGCUGGUUAGGCAGUCUAGCCUGGAGAGCUACAGAGAGAAGAGCUUCUGGGUAGCAGGGUUUCUAGUUAACAUCUGAACUGGAAUAACAUGAGUAGGGUGAACAGCUGUGGUAGUUUGUGGAAGGGACUAAGGGGAGAUGGGGAGAUCUCAGCCAGACCAGGGAGACAUGGCCCAGGGGGCUAAAAGGCCAGAGAGAGUGUGGAGGGCCUGGGGAGCAGGUGGGGUCAGGGUGCCCAUAGGUCUUGCUGGCUGAGGAGCAGGGCCAGGGCUUAGAAAGGACCGAGAGGGCCACAGCUGGAGACUUGCAGGGCUGGAGAGCCAAUGGGUCUCAACUGACCUAGGAACACAGCCAAGGUCUAAGGAGAAAGACUGAAGGCCAGGAGACCAAGAGGGCCAGAGUGCCUGUAGCCCAGAGAGGGACUGGUGUAAGGACAAACAGCCAGGAGCCUGUAGGGGCAGCUAGCAUGUGUGACAUCUGCAAGGAAUGGGUGUGGGUAUUGGGGAGGACAGAGGCCACAUAAUUAGCCCUUACAGCGAUUAGCAUGGACAUCUGUGUUCAGUAGUGCAAGACCAGGCUUGGGAAGCCUUGGGGCAGUCAUCAAGAUGUGGAGAAGGGGAGAUUGCCUAAAGAGAGUCAGGUUGACAGGUGUGGAGAGGGGUCCUGGGGCAUCAUGCGACCCCUGGAGUGGGACACUGUUGCACCAUUAAUUUCUAUUUUCAGAGAAAAUGUCAUAAUCCAGUUGCAAUAUGUUAUGCAACUAUCCAAAUACUUAGAUACCAGUGGUAUUGAUCACAUCUGACAUCAUAAGAUAUAUUCAACAGAUGUGCUUCUUUGAUCUGGCACACCUUAUGAAAAAUUUUUGAAGGUAUGCUACUUCCACAGAAGGGAGUAGGCCUUUUAAGAGAGAUCUAGUUCUGUAACUUGUCAUUUCUAGCCUUUUACCUACAUUCAAUUAGUAUACUAAAUAUAUCUUAUAGCUAGUAACAAUUUUUGCUACAGAAAAAGAAGCAAGAUCUCCAGGUUUGACUUUUUUUGUUGUGUUUUGUUUUGUUUUUUUUACUCACGGUAGAAAUGAAAGUUCUGACAUUCUACAUCUCAGCUUUGCUGUUGUAGCUUCCUUUACAAGCAUAUUUUAAACCAUUAUUUUAAAAAGUGUUGAAAAUACUCUUUUGAAGGUAUAUCUAACUGGGAUACAGUUAUUACCACUCUUUAA